AUGCGGGCCGUGCACCGCCACCGCGGGCCCGUGCCGCCGCUGCCCCGGCCCGCCGCCGUGCGCCACAUGCGGGCCGUGCACCGCCACCGCGGGCCCGUGCCGCCGCUGCCCCGGCCCGCCGCCGUGCGCCACAUGCGGGCCGUGCACCGCCACCGCGGGCCCGUGCCGCCGCUGCCCCGGCCCGCCGCCGUGCGCCACAUGCGGGCCGUGCACCGCCACCGCGGGCCCGUGCCGCCGCUGCCCCGGCCCGCCGCCGUGCGCCACAUGCGGGCCGUGCACCGCCACCGCGGGCCCGUGCCGCCGCUGCCCCGGCCCGCCGCCGUGCGCCACAUGCGGGCCGUGCACCGCCACCGCGGGCCCGUGCCGCCGCUGCCCCGGCCCGCCGCCGUGCGCCACAUGCGGGCCGUGCACCGCCACCGCGGGCCCGUGCCGCCGCUGCCCCGGCCCGCCGCCGUGCGCCACAUGCGGGCCGUGCACCGCCACCGCGGGCCCGUGCCGCCGCUGCCCCGGCCCGCCGCCGUGCGCCACAUGCGGGCCGUGCACCGCCACCGCGGGCCCGUGCCGCCGCUGCCCCGGCCCGCCGCCGUGCGCCACAUGCGGGCCGUGCACCGCCACCGCGGGCCCGUGCCGCCGCUGCCCCGGCCCGCCGCCGUGCGCCACAUGCGGGCCGUGCACCGCCACCGCGGGCCCGUGCCGCCGCUGCCCCGGCCCGCCGCCGUGCGCCACAUGCGGGCCGUGCACCGCCACCGCGGGCCCGUGCCGCCGCUGCCCCGGCCCGCCGCCGUGCGCCACAUGCGGGCCGUGCACCGCCACCGCGGGCCCGUGCCGCCGCUGCCCCGGCCCGCCGCCGUGCGCCACAUGCGGGCCGUGCACCGCCACCGCGGGCCCGUGCCGCCGCUGCCCCGGCCCGCCGCCGUGCGCCACAUGCGGGCCGUGCACCGCCACCGCGGGCCCGUGCCGCCGCUGCCCCGGCCCGCCGCCGUGCGCCACAUGCGGGCCGUGCACCGCCACCGCGGGCCCGUGCCGCCGCUGCCCCGGCCCGCCGCCGUGCGCCACAUGCGGGCCGUGCACCGCCACCGCGGGCCCGUGCCGCCGCUGCCCCGGCCCGCCGCCGUGCGCCACAUGCGGGCCGUGCACCGCCACCGCGGGCCCGUGCCGCCGCUGCCCCGGCCCGCCGCCGUGCGCCACAUGCGGGCCGUGCACCGCCACCGCGGGCCCGUGCCGCCGCUGCCCCGGCCCGCCGCCGUGCGCCACAUGCGGGCCGUGCACCGCCACCGCGGGCCCGUGCCGCCGCUGCCCCGGCCCGCCGCCGUGCGCCACAUGCGGGCCGUGCACCGCCACCGCGGGCCCGUGCCGCCGCUGCCCCGGCCCGCCGCCGUGCGCCACAUGCGGGCCGUGCACCGCCACCGCGGGCCCGUGCCGCCGCUGCCCCGGCCCGCCGCCGUGCGCCACAUGCGGGCCGUGCACCGCCACCGCGGGCCCGUGCCGCCGCUGCCCCGGCCCGCCGCCGUGCGCCACAUGCGGGCCGUGCACCGCCACCGCGGGCCCGUGCCGCCGCUGCCCCGGCCCGCCGCCGUGCGCCACAUGCGGGCCGUGCACCGCCACCGCGGGCCCGUGCCGCCGCUGCCCCGGCCCGCCGCCGUGCGCCACAUGCGGGCCGUGCACCGCCACCGCGGGCCCGUGCCGCCGCUGCCGUACAUCGACACAUAA